UAUUCUUGUUUUUUCUAAGUCUUUUUGGUAUCUUGUGGCACUUCAGUGUAUUUUCUGAUAAAGAAAUAUUCAAAGUCUGAGUGGGCUUAUUUUACAAGAGAAAAAAAAGAUUCAUUUUAAUUAAAUUUCCAUUAAGCAUGAGAUUCAUUUUGUAGGAGCUCUAAAACAAAUAAUGAGCAAAAGAAUUUGUAAGAUAGCUAUAAACAGAUAAUGUCACUGAGCUGAAUUGUGUGCACGUUAUUUUUCAUAUAUAAUUUCUAUUUUAUCUUCCUUCAAAAUGGUCCGUUAAUCUUCUGAAGUUGAAGAAUUCCAAAUCGAUUUGUGCAGAAUAGGGGUUUCUUAUUAUGAUUCCAGCCAUCGCCGACUUUACGUGCUUGAAGCUUGGGAUAAUGGUGACACAGGUUUCCCACUGAUUGAUCUAGUGAAAUAUCAAGCGAACCCUUUGGUCAUUUACACCAGCACUAAAUGUGAAGAAGCCUUCUUGUCUGCUCUGCAACGAAGUGUGAUGCAGAAGGUCAAGUAGACAAUGCUCCUACAGUGAAGCUUGUGAAAAGCUCAAUAUUUAGCUAUGAACAAGCAUGGCACAGAUUAAUCUAUCUUCGGGUACCAGGAAUGGAUGAUGGAUUAAAUGUCAAGGAGAGGAUUUGCUACUUGAAUUCCGUGAUAGACAUGAGAAGUGAAGUGCAAGUUCGUGCCAGCGGUGGCCUUCUUGCAAUAUUAGAGAAUGAGAGGAUUGUAGACACUCUUGAACAAAAGGAAUCUGGCAAUGCAUCAAUAGCAAUAGAUUCUGUUGUAGAAAUUUCACUAAAUAAGUUCCUAAAACUUGAUGCGGCAGCUCAUGAAGCAUUGCAGAUAUUCCAUAUAGACAAGCAUCCAAGCCAUAUGGGCAUUGGGAGGGCAAAAGAAGGGUUUUCUGUAUUUGGGAUGAUGAAUAAGUGUGUGACGCCACCUGGCAGGCGCAUUUUGAGAAGCUGGUUCUUGAGGCCUGUACUGGACAUUGAAAUUCUGAACUACCGGUUAAAUGCUAUAUCUUUCUUUCUUUGCUCAGAAGAACUGGUUACUUCUUUACGUGAAACCCUGAAAUCUGUGAAGGACAUUCCUUACUUGCUGAAGAAAUUUGAUUCCCCAAGCUCGACAUGUACCAGCUCUGAUUGGACAGCUCUUCUGAAGAGCAUUUGUGCACUGUUGCACAUAAACAAGAUAUUUGAAGUUGGAAUUUCUGAAGGUCUACGAGAAGAACUGACACGCUUGAAAUUGAAUAUCAUUGAGAAGGCAGUUUCGUGCAUAACGACAGAGCUUGCUUAUGUGUAUGAGCUGGUAAUUGGUGUUAUUGACGUAAACAGAACGAAAGAAAAGGGGUAUGCUACGGUGGUUAAAGAGGGUUUCUGUGAUGAGUUGGAUGAGCUCAGGCAAAUAUACGAGGAACUGCCUGAAUUCCUGGAAGAGGUUUCGUCACUGGAACUUGCAGAACUUCCUGAUCUGCGCAAGGGCAGGCUUGUUCCUUGUAUUGUAUAUAUACAACAAAUAGGUUAUUUGAUGUGCAUUUUUGAAGAAAAACUUGAAGAAACCACUAUGGAGAAACUUGAAGACUGGGAGUUUACAUUUUCAGAUGCAGAUGGAGAGACUAAGAGAUUCUUUUAUCGAACACCAAAGACACGAGAAUUAGACAGUCUUCUAGGUGACAUCCAUCAUAAAAUUUUAGAUAUGGAAAGGGCAAUUACUAGAGAUUUGCUGUCACAUAUACUUUUGUUCUCAUCCCAUUUGACAAGGGCAACAAAUUUUGCAGCUGAACUGGACUGCCUUUUGUCACUGGCUCUGGUUGCUCGUCAAAACAACUAUGUGAAGCCUUUACUGACUGAGGAAAGCUUGAUUGACAUAAGAAAUGGAAGGCAUGUUCUGCAGGAAAUGACUGUGGACACAUUUAUACCUAACGAUACGAAGGUUCUUCAAGAUGGAAGAAUUAAUAUAAUCACUGGUCCUAAUUUUUCUGGAAAGAGCAUCUAUAUAAAGCAGGUGGCAUUAAUUGUUUUCCUAUCCCACAUCGGUAGUUUCGUGCCAGCUGAUGCAGCAACUGUGGGUUUGACUGAUAGAAUAUUUUGUGCAAUGGGAAGUAGGCUUAUGACUGCUGAACAAUCAACUUUUAUGAUUGAUCUUCAUCACGUAGGAUUGAUGCUAAGGCAUGCAACCUCACAAUCUCUCUGUCUGGUAGAUGAAUUUGGUAAAGGUACUCUUACAGAAGAUGGCAUUGGCUUGCUUGGUGGGACCAUAAGCCACUUUGCCAGUUGUAAUGAAACCCCAAAGGUAUUUGUGUGCACUCAUCUCACUGAGCUAUUGGAAGAGCCUUACUUAACAAAGUCCAAGAAGGUUCAGUUGUACACAAUGAGUGUACUGAGGCCUGACGACAAUUCCUCACAGAUGGAAGACGUUACAUUUUUAUAUAGGCUUGUUCCCGGGCAUGCACAAUAUAGCUACGGGCUUCACUGUGCACUACUUGCUGGCGUUCCAAAUGAAGUUAUAGAAAGAGCAGAAGUUGUGUUGGAUGCGGCUAUAAAUAAUAAGCGUGUUGAGCGGCUGUGCAAUGAGAACAUAUCAGCUCAAGAUCGUCAAUAUAAGGAUGCCUUAGAGAAGUUGUUGCAAUUUGAUAUUAACAAAGGGGACUUGACCACUUUUUUCCAGGACUUAUUUCCUUAGCCUGUGACUGUGUUCCUUCAUUGAGGAAAAUGAUUGCUUUUUCUUCAAGGUAUUUUCUUUCUUUUCUGAAAAACUAAUAUGAAUGUUUGUCUUUACUAUCUUCGGAUUCUUUAAUUAAAGGAUGAUAAAAUAAUAACUACUUCCAUUUUAAAUAUAAGACGUGUUUUGAAA